CCAAUUUCAUAGCGCUAUCAUUAAAUUAGAAAUUGUGUUCCAUUCUCUCCAUUUUCAUUUAUAUGUAACUCAUUUCGUGAGAUUUAAUAAGACGGAACACCUUAAUAUUUCAACAAUUAUUUAAUCAGAUGUACAAAAUCAUAUUAAUCAUACUAAAGCAACAACUUAACACUUGUUGAUUUAUAGAUGCUAUUUAAGCAUUAUCACAGCAUUAAGUGCUGAAUGAUUACAGGGACAUAAGUUUCGUAAUUUUACAGCCUAACACAAAGGGGACAAUCAACUACUUAAAAGAAAAUUAUUAAUAUAUUAAGUGUCAUUAUAUUUUAAUCAAUUUAUAUGUUUAUAUUUAUAUAGACAUUAUGUAACAGGAUAACAUAUUUAUCUUAGUAGAUGUUUAUGUAUACAUUUUUAAAUACAAUUAAAUCCCCGAAACAAAAAGAAAGUUGAAUAAUUGUUACCAUAUGUCAAAGAAUUAAAUUAUGUCAACAAAUUAUCCAUAUGUAUACCAGAUAUGUUUAGACAUGGAGCAAAUUACAGAACCACGUGUUAAUCUGGAGGGUUUCAGACCGCUCAUCAUUGCAAUGGAAAUUGUUGGAGCAAUACUGAUAAUUCUAGUUGCAGUUUGGUGUGGCAAUUAUAGAGGUGGUUUUGCUUGGAAUUCUAAUCCAAUGUUAGAAUUCAAUUGGCAUCCUCUUUUAAUGGUUAUUGGAUUCGUAUUUUUAUAUGCCAAUGGUAUGUUAAUAUAUAGGACACAAAGAAAUACUCGAAAACGAAGAUUGAAGCUAAUUCAUGCAGGCAUAAUGAUAUUAAUUGUUGCAUUAGUUGUAAUUUCUCUUGUGGCUGUGUUUGACAGCCACAACUUGCAUUCGAUACCAAUUCCAAACAUGUAUAGUCUUCAUAGUUGGGUUGGGCUCACUAGCGUAAUUUUAUUUUGCUGCCAGUGGCUUGCUGGAUUUCUAUCUUUCCUGUAUCCGGGAUUACAACUUCCAUUACGGGCUUCCUACAUGCCAAUUCAUGUAUACUUUGGAAUCGCAGGAUUCAUUGGUGUAAUUGCUUCCUGUCUUUUAGGCCUCAAUGAAAAAGCAUUUUUUGCUCUAGGAAAUAAUUAUCCAAACCUUGUAGACGAAGCAAUAUUAAUUAAUGUAAUCGGACUUAUGUUAAUCCUUUUUGGUGGAUUAGCAGUUUAUUUGGUAUCACAAGAACGUUACAAACGUUUACCUAGAACAGAAGACGAAGCAUUAGUUGGUGGCAGAGCACAGUAAACGAUUAUGAUAUAUAAAAAAGCUUAUUCAUGGCUUUCCAACAUAUAAACAAAUUUUUAGUUAUACUUUCAUAAUAAUUAUAAUGUCAGUUUUCGAAAUAUUUCGACUCGUUUGUGUAUCUUGUUUCUAUGAUCGACUUUCAUGAUCUUCGAUUAAGAAUUAAACUGUUAGCUGUCGUUUAUCUCUUUUUUAUCCUUGCUUAGGACUAACUAGUUCAAAAUCAUUUACUAUCCAUGUUAAAUCAUAUUUAACUAUUUUACAUUGCUCACAUUUACAUUGUUCAUUUUAUACUAUUUUUAAAUCUUUUGUACAGCUUUUAUUGGUUGUUAGUUCAAUUAGAUAAAUAAAACUUUAUAUAUAUUAUGUAAUAAUA